UGGAGGAAAUUAUGUACGAAUUUGGUGGUUACUCCGAUAAUCAUGAUUUGGAGGCGCCGGAAUAUUUUGAAUGUCCGGCGGAGGCGUUUUCCGAUGAGGAAUUAUUUGGAUCGGCCGGAAACACUAGGUCGUUGGAAGUAAUUUCAGCUACUAAUUCAUCAAUAGUAGAAGAAGAAAAUAUUCAAGCAAAGAUCUCUUCUCAUCCUUUGUAUACUAAACUUCUUCUGACUUAUCUCCAUUGUCGCAAGGUGGGAGCACCACCUGAGACUGUGGAUAUGUUGGACAAUAUUGUCCAAGAAAAUGAUCUUUAUAGGAGAUCAAUCAGCAGCACUGCCUUAAAUCAACCAAUCAGUGAAAAUUCUGAGCUAGAUGAUUUCAUGGUAACUUAUUGUGAUGUUUUGGCUAAGUUGAAGUUGGAUCUGGGAAGGUCUUUCAAUGAAGCAACUACUUUUCUUAACGAUAUUCAAACUCAACUUACCAAUCUCUGUGAGGUUAAUAACGGGCAGCAGCAGAAGAGUAGUAUUAGUAGUAUUGAUGAAUCAGGGAGUGAAAUAAAUUUUUUAAAGGAUAAAUUAAUGGAAAAGUACAGUGGAUAUAUAACAAGUUUAAAGCAUGAUUUUUGCAACAAGAAUUAUAACAAGGGAAAGCUACCAAAAGAAGCAACACAAAUUUUGCUCAACUGGUGGACUACUCACUAUAAUUGGCCGUAUCCUACGGAUGGAGAGAAAAAAAGUCUAGCAGAAUUAACAGGUUUAGAUCCAAAGCAGAUUAACAACUGGUUCAUAAAUCAACGGAAACGACACUGGAAAUUACCUUCACAAAACAUGCAAUUUGCUCUUAUGGAAACCACCAUAUAUGGUCACUUUUCUCAAUAAUUUUUGUGUAUAUAGUACCAAACUAAAUAUCUUUCCACCAAUUUAUGUGGUUUAGUUUCUAACAAAAUUAUUCUAAUUAUGGUUCUAACUCUCAAGUUUCAA